AUGCGUCCCUGGCAAAAAUCCCAGCCAUUCUCCUCCUCCUCUUCGCCACCAUUCGAUGGAGAAAGUGGCGACGACCAAUUUCCUUCCGAAGCGUCUCUCACUCAAGUCUCCAUGCUGGACAAUGUCUCAAUGGCUUCCAACAUGAUGGGUAGUGCUAUUGACGAUUCGCCUCCAUUCAGACCUUCCUCCUCACCAGCACCUAUCGAUACUCAUAUUGCUGCUGAUAUGUAUGACAACAACAAUGGCUACGACAACGACGAUGAUAAUCAGAAAACACCCAUGCCAGACACCAUCCAUCAUUUGCCUAAUGACGACGAUGACGACGACGACGACGACGGCAAUCAUCCUAUCGAGCAGCAGCAACAGCAACAGCAGCAGCAGCAGCAUCUACAAGUACCUCGUCCUUCUGCAUCUGCUGGGACUACCAACAUGUUUGCUGAUCAUUCCAGCUUGUUUGAACAAGAGAGUCGAUUGGAUGCUUUUGAACAAUUAUCAAUGGCUGAUGGCAUGGAUAAUGCGCGAUCAUCAUCAGCUAUCAAAGACAACAAACACGUUCGUCAUAUCAAUGGAAACGACAACAAACGAGAUCCUCAAAAGGAAAGAUCCACCACAUUGGCGUUAAAGGAGCAAGAGAAGACGAUCGACAUUUUGAAAAAGGACAACUUUGGAUUGAAGCUCAAGAUUUACUAUUUGGAGAAGCGUUUGGAUGAUUUAUCGCCUGAUCAAGUGGAUAAUGCUUUGAAAGAGAAUGUGGAUCUCAAGGUCAAUAUCCAGACAUUGACGCGAGAGCUGAGAAAGUACAAGCAUAUGAUUUUGGAGUUGCAUUCAGCAAUGGAUCUUUUACAACGAUCAAGUCAACAAGCAUGCUCCUUGCCGCACGGCAUGUCAUCCGAAGAAAAAGCCGAGUAUGAUACAGCAAUCACCAACGCAACGCGAUAUCGAGAGGAAAACGAGCGUCUACAUAAGAUGGUGGCUGAUUUAUCUUCAGAGAAUUCACGUUUACGUGCAUCCAUGCGUUCUUCACGUACCUCAAGCCCUGCUCUUGGUGUAUCUCCAGCAGCCUAUAACAGCCCACGAAGCAGUAUCAAAAUCAGCAGAAGUAACAGCAACGGCAGCAGAAAUGAUUAUGAAGAUGAAGAUGAGGAUCAUUGGAUCAAUCACCGAAGACUACCCACGACGAGUUCAUCCAACAAGGAUAUGGUGCAUGAGGUGGAAAUGUAUCGACGUGAAUGGUUGCAAGCUAAGCAAACGAUCGAUCGCCAAAACCAGACUAUCCAGUUGCUACGUGAAGAAAAUGAAAUGAAGGCAUCAUCAUCACCCAGCAAUUACAAGGCACCAAGUGAUAGUCUAGUCAAAUCCAUCCUUGCUGAUCGGGAUGCUUAUGUCGCAAGAGCUGAUCAAUAUAUGAAGACCAAUCACGAAUUGAAUGAGAAUCUUGGUCGUAUGCAGGAACGUCAUUCAGAGGUCAUGGCCCAAUUGCUAUCCAAAAACAAGGAGCUCGAUAGGAUGCAUGAGAAUAUGGAUGAGUUGAUGCGAUCAUUACAUGACACCAAAAAGAUGCUACGUAACAAGUCCAACGAGAAUCAAAAGUUGCGUCAAGAAUUGGACACGCUUCAGGAUCGACGAGCAAAUGCAGCGUCUCCCAAUGUAUCCGAGUUACUUACUACAGUCAAUGAUCUCAGGAUCGAGAAUGGUGAUUUGAGUCGAGUCGUUGGCACCUUGAAACGAGAGCUUAAGGAUACUGAGCAUGAGCAUCAGCAUGAGAUGGAAAAGUUGGAAGCGGAAAUUGAGAAGCGUGAACAACAGUUUGUGGCACUCGAAGCCCAAGUGGUCAAGGUGAUGACACGUGCCGAGAAAUUGGAAGCACGAGAGAAGGAGAAGGACAUGUUGAUUGAGGAAUUGGAGCGCAAAUUGGAGGCUAUGGAGCGUAACCAGUACGAUGAUGAGAUUGAGCGACUAGAGCAGGAGCUGCAGAUCAAGGAUGAUCAAAUUGGCGAAUACGAACGACGUCUUGAAGAGAUUGAAUCACAAGAGAACGAUUUGUCAGCAUUGGAGCAGAGAUACGUGCAAGUGGAGGAGCGCAUGAGGCACAAGGAUACGCAAAUCAAAGACCUGGAAUAUGAGAUCGAAUCAGCAAUGGAAAAGACACAAGAAGCCAAAGCACGUUAUGAGGAAGAUUUGCAAUUAUUGGAACAACAAUUCAAAGAAGUGGAGCAAGCUAUGCGUGAACGUGAUGUGCGGAUCGCAUCUUUGGAGGGUCACCUUGAAGCUCAGGCUGAUGCUGUACAACGUGAAAAGAGCCUACAUCGAGAAGAACUCAAGGAAGCGCAUGAUAAGAUGCGUGAAUUGGCCGAUCUUUUACGAGAAAAGGACAUAUUGCUUGCAAAUGUUGAGGAGCAAUUGAAUGAGCGAAUGGCGAACGCAUGUGAUAUUGAAGAAGCCUAUGAGCGGGAUUUGGCUGACAUCAAGGAGCAACUUGGUGCACGGAUGAUUGAAAUUGAAGAAGAGUGGAAAGGACGCGUUGCUGAAACCGAGAGACGACUCAAAGAAGCGGAGGAGCAGCUCAAAAAGGAUAGACAGCUCGCCAAUGAAAAGUUGCAUGACGCAAAACGAGCAUUGCAUAAGAGAUCAGAGGUAUCCAGUUCAAGGAGUGGUUCUAUUGAUGCACGAAAUGGAGGAUCAUCAAAAGCCAACCAAACACUUGCCAGGUUGAACAAGGAGUUGCAACGAGAGCUGGAAGAACGUGAUCGAGUAUUGCAGCGUGAAGCUGAGCGUUUACACCAACUGGAUCUCAUUUACAAUCGAGCAUUACAAGAAAAGGGAGCACUUGAGGAUUUGUUGGCACGACGUAAUAGUAUCAUUACCCAUUUGAUGGAGAAGCUUGAGAAUACCCAAGAACGCAAAGCCGUUAUGGAGAACGUUUUGCUACGUCAAGCGACUGAGGAGAUCGACAGCGGUUAUCAUAGGCGAACCGAUUCAGCCAUGAGCUCACGAUGA